UACAUUGCUAGAAAUGCUAAGCUCUCUAAACUUUCCGAGCAUGAACAAAUGUUGCACCAUCAGCAAAAAAUGUCAAAUUGUUUGCUCAGGUGCAAGCUAAUGUAUGAUAAUUUUAAUAAUUUUUGCUCAACAACAAGCACAAUGUCCGUUUUCUUAAAUUCGCAUUAUCUAGUCUUAAUUUCACCGCGAAUCGGGCUGCGCAAUGUUCCGAACUCUGUUCUUACUUUGUCUCCUGUGCGCCGUUGCCACACCGCGCCUUCAAGAAAAAAUAGUGCGAGGACGUCGUUCUCCCACGGGUCGGACUCCUUACUUAGUGUCCUUGAUGUACCAGUUGAAACACUAUUGCGGAGGCGCAGUCGUCGCCCCAAGAGUUAUCCUGACUGCUGCACAUUGCGUUGUAGGAAUGAAGCCUCGCUUCAUGUCGAUCAGAGCUGGAACUAACACUCGAAUGCGUGGUGGAUACAUUAGAAGAGUUGGUGGUUGGAAAAGGCACCCUAAAUUCAACAAAAAGAGCAUAUCCUAUGACGUGGCUCUUAUCUACCUGAAAAGGAGGCUCCCGUUCAAUAAUCUUGUGCAACCGAUUAAACUAUUCCAGGGACGUCUGAGGAAAUUCCAGAAGGGAAUAAUAGCUGGGUGGGGAAGUACCAGAGAAAGAGGAGGGUUAACUAACAUGGCAAGAAUUGCCGCGGUACGUGUUACACCAAGGAAUAAAUGUCGGAGAGCUUAUGGAAGGGAUUUGAAGCGGUCUAUGUACUGUGCCGGAUUUAUGAAUGGAGCACGGGAUGCAUGCCAAGGUGAUUCAGGUGGUCCUUUGGUUAUCGGUGGUCGUUUGGCUGGAAUUAUUUCAGUGGGCGAGGGUUGUGGCCGUAGGGGAUUUCCCGGAAUAUAUACCAGAGUUCCGAUGCUGAAGAGAUGGAUUAAAAGAAAUAUUCGAUAAAAUUUUGUAUUUUUUUAAAGGUGAAAUAUAAAGCUUCUUUU